UGAAAUCGAUAUAUUCUAUUUUCCAUUUCGUUGCACCUGUUACGAGAAGAGGUUUAGACGAGGAAAUAUCGAUUAUUUAACACUUUUAAAUGAUCAGAUCGUUAAAGGUACAAACUAGAUAGAAGGCGAAAUGAUGUCGGAGAAUGAAAAUAAGAAGCCAGAUAAUGACAAGGAAACGAAAGAGAUGAGUAUUCAGGAUAAAAUUGAUUACUUUGAUAGAGAAAUUCGUCUGCUUCAUCAGUUCUGUGUUAAUUCGGGAUACAGCAAGCAUGAAAUUCGAAAGUCUGCAGAACCUUUCCUUAGUGCCACAGACGUUUUAGCAUGGCAGAAGACGAAAAGAAAGCUUCUGCAGAUCAGUGUAGUGAUAGCUAUUCUUGCUGUUGUUUACUACUGUGACCCUACAUACAGAUUUAUUGUCGCUGUCAGCAGAAUCACUGCCAUAAAGCUGAUUCCAGUGUGGGACUGGACCAAAGUUCACCAGUGGGAGUGUAUCGUUGACAAUCCACUCUACGCUGGAGUCCAGCUGACCGAGGAGGACUGUGAUAUUUGUAAGAAUCUGUUGAAUGUGGAAAGAAGAACCAAUUUAAAAGGAAAAGACUUCACAGAACUGUAUUUGAAAGCAGAGCUUCCUGUAGUUGUAGAGGAUGGGACUAAAGACUGGCCAAAAGAAAUGUUAGAAAUUGACAUUAACACUCUGUACAAGGCCUACAGAGAAACUGAUGCCCUUUACAGGAACCCAGUGUGUAGAUUCCAUACAGAUUCCAAAUUCAACAACCACCAAGUGUUCCUGCAUCAAGUAGUCAACUCCAAUAUGGAAUCCUUUACAGCUGACUGGGAGAACUGUGUGAAGAGUGCUGCCAAAGCCUUCCGGAGUUUCUACCGCAGACCGUACUUCAUGCCACAAACUGUGGAAAUUUCCGACACCAACUGGGUGUUUAUCUCAAAAGGCUCAGUGGAGCACCAUUAUGAUAUCCCCCUUUCUAAUCCCAUGUUGAUGCUGAUAGUAUUGAAGGGUCAGUUUGAGAUAGCGCUUUCUCCCAAAGAGCCUUGUACUAAAGCAUGUGUGGAUAUACCAGUCGAGUUACACAAAGGGGAAAUAAUGAUAGUGACAAUGGCGGAUUUACUGUGGUUCAAGUCUUACCGACCUACAAAAACCGGGGAAAAUAUUCUGGUAGGAGUUGGGGGAGCGUAUGAAUGAUGCGUGAUGGAAAAGCCUCUCACCAAGAUCAGUCAGCAGAUUAUUUCUAAAUCACUAGAAAUCUUGUACAUAUACCUGGUACAUGCAUGUAUCAUGAAAUAAAACAGAUUGUAUGAUGCGA